AUGCUGGCUCUUUCUAAGACAUUCGUGCUCCUCCUUCUCGCUGCAUCUGCACUUGCAAUCACGAACAUGGUCUACAUAAUUACCAAUGCGGAAACACCAUCUCUUCAUCGUCCGGGUUUGACGCCUAUUGGACAUCACAGAGCUGGUCACUGCAUCCCAGAGGUUUUUGGAAACCUCAGCUUAGGCCUCAUUGCAUCAUGCACCCCAAACAGUGAUACGGGUACCUGCGUUCCCGCCGUGGCAACUGCAGCACCCCUCGCAAAUAGUCUUGGAAUGGAGAUUGAUACUUCCUGUGGAACUGGAGAAGAAUCAGACGAUGACUGUGUGCACAACCUUUUGCAUGCGUACGCGAAAACUAGUUCAGCGCCUAUUCUCAUAGUUUGGGAUGCCGCUGCUAUGGAUGAUCUCCUCGAAAAUCUCGGCAUGGAACUUCCUGAUGCUGACAACGAGGACGAUGAGGAAGGCCAGGAGGAAGAGGUAGUCGGAACACAGUAA